AUCAUCACCGUUAUCUUCGUAACAUUAAUCACCAACGAAUCUUUCAGCGACGAGGAAUAUAACCCAUUGCAAAAGCUUUCUCCAUUCCAGAGGAACCCCAGCUAGUUAGUGUCGAGGCUCGAUCGAUCGAGAGGGAGAGAAGUAAGAAUGUCGACGGGGAGGAGAUCAACGUCGAGUAGCGGUAGUCUCUUCAUCGUGGUUGCUCUACUGAUGACGGCGUUGUCCACACAGAUGACGGCCGUUAGCGGCGGCAGGGCUCUCCGGUCAGAAGCUUUGCCCAUCGUCGGCGCCGGAUGCGACCAAGCGGACGGCGGCCAAUCUGGCGCCGGUAUAGCUUCAUUUGUCGCAUCUUCCAGCAGCAAUGGCGAGGAUUUCUCGGUUUCGUUGCAAGGGUUGAUGUUUAGAUUGGCUUCCGGGCCUAGCAAGAGAGGCCCCGGCCAUUAGUGACGAGUUUUCCGGUGUCAUAAUCCUCUAUGCAUGCAUCCACAUUUUGUACCGGCCGGCAUGAUUUUAUUGUUAUUUAUUAUUUCCUUUUUAAUUUUCUUUUUCAGAAUGAAGGAGGCUUUUAUGU